AUGGACAACGAAAAGAUUCCACCUGGUCCAGCAUGCCCAGGAAAAGUCAAAACACGACCUACGACUACGCGCUUGACUCUCAGUAGUGCCUCGAACGUCCUAGAUGUGUUCAGAAGAUUGAGAGAGGAUCUCUCAGGCUCAGGUGAUGAAGUGUCCGAAGAGGCAUUUCUUGAACUCCUGGCAAGAUACGAUAUCCAUGUAUCCGAGCUAUCCAGCUUCGUCUCGACGGUCGAGCAGUUGGAUUCGUUGUUCACUGCUGUUACCUACAAUCAAGCGGCAAGGUGCUUCUGGCUUGACCCUAGUCGUGGCGGAGAGGAUAUGCGAUUUCUGGAGAUUUAUCGCUCGCGGAUCCCGAGCCAUAUCUUCAAGGGGAUUGUGGAUAGCUGGGAUAUGGCCAUCACGCAGUACGGCCCUCUUCAGGGCCAUGGUGAAGUGGCGCGUCCGCGAGUUAUCACGACGUUGUUUGAAAAAAUGGGAGCUGUAUUCAAAAGCGCGGUGAUCAGUAAACCCGGAGGCCUCUUAAACCGGUCAUCCAUCAGACCGAGGUUUCGAAAACAAUACGAGAUAUUGCAGGAGUUGAGUAAUGUCGUUUUCUUGCAGGUUAGCAGAGAGCUAGCUAGUGGUAGUUCUGCGCUUGAUGUCAAGGCAUGGCUUCUUGCUGAGUGCUCUGUCACUGAUUACAUCAACGAUAAGAAUGGCCAUUGGGCGCCUGUAUUUGCCAUUCUCUGCGACGGCAACAACUUCGAAUUUUUCGUUGUCGACUCAGCCGCACAAAUCGUUCAUUCCUCCGGAUGGGUUCGAGGUAUACCAAUGAAGAAUGAUGACAGGGAACGGACAUUGCUCUCGAUCAAACGAAUCACGGAAAUUCUCUUUGACUUCUUUAUCAUGGCCUUUAUCAAUGGCCUUCGAUCUAUCGCACACUCUUCUACGCGAAUACCAACUGAGAUUUCUACGAACGCUUUGACAACUGCCGAGUACGCGCACUAUCUACUGCGGAAAGCAAACGCGCACACCAUAGACCAACAAUGGAAGGAGGCAGAGGACAUGGCGUCUGCAGGUGUCGAGCGGCUCAAUACGAGCGUUAGGGAGUUAUCCGAGUAUCUUCCGGACCCCCGGGGCUUCCUGGGCUUGUAG